UUCACACUUCACAGCCAGUCUUCCACCGCGUGCAGUCCGACGCACAUCAUAUUAUCUUUGUUUGUGAUACACGUGUGCUGUUCUUAACAGGAAAAUGAUGGACAAAAGCGCAAUGAUGAGAAAAAUGAGAUGCUGUUGUAUUUCCGUGGAUGUAGCAACCUUAAUUUUUGGAAUUUUUAGCGCUGUGAUAUCAGCCAUCGGUAUCCUAGCCUUCUCGACCUUCCACCUCUGGUUCGGAGCCAUCUCCGAAGAAAAGGACUUCAAAAAUUGGCUCCGUGACCCUGACUCCAUGCCGACUCACGGAGAUGCCAAAUAUGAGAAGAGCCGGAUGAUCUAUAUUUGGAUCAUGAUCUUUGUGUUUCUCUGGUUUUUAAACUGUAUUGUUUCGUUCAUCUUUUCUGUGUUCCUUUGUUAUGGAACCCACAAGAGGCGGCCGGCCUUCGUGAAGGCCUACUUAGUAUACGGUGUUGUGAUGACCACACUGAUGAUGACGGUGGCUUGCUACUAUAUCUGGAGGGGAGACGUCGUCAAUACGCUCAUACAGCUGAUUUAUUGUGGUGUAUACUCGUUGAUUCUCUUGAUGGUCAAGCGCACAUACGAAAUCAUCCGAGCUGAGCACACCUGCGACUCCACACAAAUUCUAACCUCCAAACCAUAGCAUAUAAAUUUAAAUUCUAGAACGUUCCUGGGUCAUUCUACAAAAAUCUCAUUCCCCUGGCUAUUCGCAAAUUCCCAGUAGAUGCCGGUUUAUUAGGAUCUCAUGUUUGGCGACUGUAACCCGUGUCAAGUUCCAUCUACAACCAUAAUAACGUUCUAACAUAAAAUUCUAACCUCCAAACCAUAGCAUAAAAACUUAAAUUCUAGAACGUUCCUGGGUCAUUCUACAAAAAUCUCAUUCCGCUGGCUAUUCACAAAUUCCCAAGAAACGCCGCUUUAGUGCCAAUUAGUGCCAAGUUCCAUCUAAAACCAUCUAAAACCAUAAUAACGGCUGAGAAAAACGGAAAAUUUGUUGCGUAAUCUAAAAUAAAAUCAUAAGACACAAUUGAAAAGUAUUGCGCAAUUCUCGCCAAAGGCAGGUUGAGCAAUACUUUUUGAUUAUAUCCUCUUUGCUAUUUGUCACUGUUAUUUUUUCAUAUUCAAUUAUUUAAAAAAAACUGACAAUCGCCAUAUAAAUUCCUAAGAAUUUACCAUGUUUAAUUUUAAGUGCAAUUGUAUAUUUAUUUAGUUAAUUUUUAUUGAACAAAAGAAAAUACAAACGUACAAAAGGCAAAGGUACAAAGGUAUUGUCAGAUAAAUAAAUGAGUUAAAUCAUAUCAUAUCAUAUCCUAUUGGCAUUUGGCAUUAAAAUAAAUUUAAUGUUUAGAUAGAAAUAGUGAAAAACGUUUGAAAUAUAUUGUUAUUUAUAUUUAAAAAGUA